UGAUCUGCCGAAUGUGAGUAGAUUUAGCGAUCAGAACAAUAUCGAAAAUAUCCAAACAAAAAAAAAACAAAAAUAUCAUCAUCAUCAUCGAUUGUUAUCGAUUGUUGUUAUCGAUAACAAAACAAUCGAUCCAUUUCCAAAAAAAAGAGAAAAAAAAACAUUCAACUUCCGAUCAACCUUUAAUCGGGAUUGAUUCGAACAAAAUCGAACCAUUCAAUUAUUAACCGGGACCGCGGGAUUUGUCCGGAUACCGUGUUGGUCCAACAACCAAAUAAGGGUCAAGAUAGCAGCUGUCGGUUUUCGAUCGCGAGUCCCCCAAAAAAUCAAAAAUCAAAAACGACGAAAGAGCGACGUUCGUGUGUGUGUGUGGUAACAAACACGAAACAACGUGUGUAUUUCUCUGUGUAUGUUUUAUGUGGCUUGAUGUGUGUGUGUGGAUGGUGUUUUUCUAUGUUGUUUUAUUUUAUGAGUCUGCACAAAGACAUACAUUUUUUUGUUUUUUGUUUUCACGGAUACAAUCUGCUCUUUAUUUCUCUGUGUCUUUUGGCCGUUCUUAAAUCAUAUAUUUUGGUAAAGUUUUUUUUUUCACCCGAUAUCGAUCCGAUCAUAUUUUUUUUCUGGCUAAAUCGAUCCUAAUUUGGUUUCGAAGAUCGAACAUUGAUUGACAAUGUCAUCGGAAUGUGAAUAUGAAAUUGAACAGGCAGAUGGUUCGGAUGAUCAUCAUCCGGGAAUGAUUGCCGACCAUGGUCAAAAUGAUGAUAAUGAUAAUGAUUUUAUGGUUGCACAAGAAAUGAUUAUUGCUAAUGAUAUUGAAGCUGAAGCUGAAGAUGAUGAUGGCGAUGAUGAAGAUUUAGAAAUGCAAAUGAAUCAAAAUGAUAAUCAAAGUUCGAUGCUUUACAAUAAUGAUGAUUCUCAACAACAAAAUUCAUCGAACAAUGAAGAAUCGAGUGGUGGUGAUGAUGAUGGUUCGGAUUCUGGUCCUGAAUCCGGUUCAUCAAAUGAUGAUGAUGAUGAUGAUGAUGAAGAAGAAGAUGGUGAUGAAGAAUCAUCUUCCGGAGAUAAAGAUGAUCAACAAUCAACACAACAAAACGAUGAUGAUGAUGACGAAGAUGAUGAAGAUGAAGAAGUUGAUAUCAGUCAAGAAUCGAAUGAAAACAAUCAACAACAACAACAACAAUCGAAAUCAAGCUCAACAUCGAACGUAAUCGAACAACAACAACAACAAAAACAUUCGAAUGAUCAAGAUUCGAAUGAUGAACAUUCGAAUGACCAGCAUUCGAAUCAACAACAACAAGAUUCGGUUGCUGACCAGCAACAAGACGAUAAUCAUCGUUCUGAACAACAAGAAUCUUCUGGACAAGAAGAAUCAUCAGAAAAACCAUCAACAAAAAUCCGUCAAGGUUAUGAAGAUGAAACAGAAAUCAUUAAAAAUUGUGAUGAAAUGGGUGUUUAUGGUUGGAAUGAAUUUAAAAAUUCAAAAAUAAAACCAUUUUCACGUGAAGAAUAUGAACGUUUUCAACAACCAUUUCGUUAUGGUUGGAAACGUGAACUUGUAUUACGUUGUCCUGGCGGUAAUAAUAAUAAUAAUAAUAAUAAUAAUCGUGUAACCGAUAAAAAAGCUGGUGAUGUUUAUUAUCAUACACCGAACGGUUCGACAAAACUUCGUAGUUAUGUUGAAAUGAAUUUAUAUUUGAAACGUAAUCCAAAAAUUAUUGAAUUGAAUGUUACAAAUUUUACAUAUGCAAAACAACCAAUUUAUCGUCCACCAAAUGAAAUUGUUAGACAUGCAAUGCAACGUGGUGCAAAUUAUGUUGAACGUCCAUUUGCAUUUAAUCAACAUAUUCGAGUAAGGCAACCGCAAUCGCAACAAAGAAAAUCUGUUUCGAAUUCGAAUCAAUCGCAAAUGACUACCACCGCCAACAAUAAUAAUAGUUCAAUAUUAUCAAAUAAUGAAGAUGAAUCAAUGGAUGAUGGUAAUUUUGGUCGUGGUAAACGUAAACGUGUUAUACCAUCAAGGUAUGAUGAUGAAGAAAUUGAUUUGCCAAUGAAUAAACGAAAUAAACAUGGUAAUCAUCAACAAACUUCGAAUCGUGAAUCAUAUUCAAAUAGUAAUUCGAAUGAUGGCCAUUCACCACAAUCGAAUAAAUUAUCGAUGUCAUUAUCAUCAACUGGUGGUGAUCGUGGUGGUGGAUCAUCAACGACAUCAUCGACAAAAAUGUCAGCACAAGAACGACGUCGUUUACUUCAACAACAAUUAUAUCAUCAGGUUAAUGAAGAAUUUAAACGUGAAAAAGAACUUGAACAACAGAAACAACAGCAGCAGCAACGGACAACAACGGCUACUAUUUCAACAGAUAAAGAAUCUUCGGGUCGUCAUGGUGGUGGUGGUGGUGGUGGCUCAUCAUUACUUAAAAUGAAAAUUAUUAAAGGUUCGAAUGGAAAUCGUAAAGUUGAUCAAAAUAACGGUGGUGGUAGUAAUGGUGGUGAACAAUCAUUAUUGACAAAAGAUACGGUCCAUGCUAGUCAACAACAACAACAGAAUGGACAUGCUAUCAAUGAUGAUAAUAACGAUGGUGAGGAUAAAAAAGAUCAAACAUCGAAACCAGAAUCGGAACCAAUGGAAGGCGAGGUGAUACAAUCGGAAAAUUGCCGUCAACCAUGCAGUACAAAUUGUCCAGGAAGAAGAAAUGUUCUACCGAAUUUAAUGUGUUAUCGUUGUUUUUGUUUAUUUCAUUUGGAUUGUGUACCGGAUGGAAUGUUUUUGAAAAAUAAUCUGUUUGCAUGUCCAAAUUGUGUAACCGAUGAUGAUCGUUUGAUUGAUAAUGAUGGUGAUGAAAAAUUGACGAAAAAUGAUGAUCAAACUAAUGAAAUUGCUUCGACAACAACAAUAACACCAACUUUGACAUCGACAACUUCAACAUCAUUAUUGAUGGCCAAUUCGAAUAAGAUGAAAAAAAUGAAUCCAAAUUCCCUGUUAUUAAAACAACAAUUAACAAAUCCAUCAACGAAAUUAUCAGCGUCAUCAGUGCGUCCGACGAACAAUCAUCAUUCAUCAUUGAUUAAUGAUGCGUCUUCCGUAAAUUCUGUAACAACAAAUUCGAAAAAAUUAUCAACAAAAUUCCAGCGAAAAUCCAUUAAUAAUAAUGAAUCAUUGCUAUCGAUCAAUGGUCAUCACCAUAAUCAUUCGAAUUCAAUGAAA